AUGACAAAAACUGUCCUACUACAAACAGUAAUGUUUGUAACUUGGUUUGUUUUGGCAGAGACUCAACAGGCUUCGCUUCUCAAGUAUCCAGCUAUUCCUCCCAUUUCGGAUUUACAAGAUCAUUCACAACAGAGUGGAAAAAAUCCAGUUUCGUUGGAAGGUAAGAACACGGCUUUCACGUCAGCAUAUUCAAACCAAGAUCUUUCUGAUGACUUCACAAAACUACUCACAGAUAUUGCUGAGCGAGUGAAAAACUAUGGCAAGAAUCCGUUUUUGCCUGAGUCAAAUUUGAUUCCUUCGCGAGUCAAGAGAGAAUCCACUUCGCAUUCAGAUGCUGAUCUGAGAGAAGCUGUGCAAGAUCAAGAUGAAGAAAAGGAACCUGAGGAAGGAUUCAUCAAAGAACCUGAUGUUAAUCACCAUAUCAGCGUAGAUGAAGAUACGGAAGAAGCGAUUCCAUCCUCGUCGAGUUCGAAACGAGAUUACUGUGAGCGUUAUGAGCAACACUACUCGUACUUCUGCGUUGGAGAAAGUAAUACUGAUGAUCCAUCCGUCCGAAGAUUUUGUCCAUCCUAUCAAAACAAUUGUCCUGAUAUGGCAAGAAAGUCUCCCUUAACUCCUUGGCCAGCUGACCCUUUCUCUGGUCCUGUCAAGGCUAUUCCUAAGCAAGAUAGUACAGAAACAGCAGAAAGUGAAUCAGUAGAAGUCGAUGAAAAAACAGUUUAUUAUGAAGAAUUGAGAAGAAGAUUUCCAUGUAAACCGGACUGCGAUCCUCGAAUUUUCCCUCAUUGCACAGCUGAAUGUAAAUGCGAUUAUAUCUAUCCGAUGGUUCAAAAAUUCUGUAACCCACCACCUAUUCCACUUUUCCUGAACACUUGCCGCUUAUGGUAUAAUGGUUGUCCAAAGUAUGAUCGAUAUCAUUAUGCCUCUCAAUUCGUAUAUAAUAAGGCCAACAAAGGAAAAGUUAGCCCUGGCACAAGACUCACAGAUAUACAUCCUUAUGGUAUUGAAAGACCUAGCUUUUCACCAAAUGCUCAAAGCGCACAGCCAUUUCCGAGACCUCAGCGAACGACAAGUCAUCUAAUGCCUAUAAUGCAUGCUGCAAAGACAGUAGUGCAAGAGCCAGAAUUGGUUAUCCCACCUGACCUUCCAGUUUCACCACCAAGAGCUUCUGGAAUAAAAUCAGAAACAGCUUCAAAUCAAAAAUUGGUUGAAACGGAUUCUAACUUUAACAAUGAGCAUAGAUCUUCAACCAAAGCUUCGAGAUCUAUAAAUGAGCACAAUUCUGAAAACAGUAGGACGAGUUCUAAAAGCCAUAGUUCUCACCAUCAUCACCAUCACAGUCACCGUUCCAGCACAAACUCUCGUUCAAAAUCACAUAAGAAAAGAAGGUCGAGAAGCAGGGAAACUUCCUUUGCAUCUGCGUUUGAAACGGAACAUAGUACGGAAAGUCCAAAGUCGACCCAACUUUCUCGCAAAGAGUUAUACAAUAAGCUUAAAGUCCUGAAUGAUUUAACUAUGAAUCCUGUUGGUAUAACGAAGAAGCUGGAAGAUCCAGGUACAAUCAGUAAGCUUAUGGGAAUAGCAGGAACAACAACCCAAACAGACGACCGACCAAAGGCUGCCGCGGCUGCCACGACAGAUGAAGAGACUGAUCCCUUUAAGAAUGUCGACAGAUGGUCGGGCUUAACUGAUAGCCAUGGAAUUUAUCAUAGACCAAGAAGCUCAAGUCCUUUCACGAAGCCUGGCUUAUGGGAACCUAAUCCUGAUGAUCCUCACAGUCGUGAUCCAGCUAACAAAUAUUGGUAUCAUCCAGAAUCUGUAGGAGUGGAUUGGUUGAAUGGCCAAAUGACAUGGGGUGCUCAUUGGGCAGUACCAGCAGCAGGUGUUGGAGGAACGGAUGGUUUCAGUGCGAUUUACUUUCCAACAAUUGGUAGUUUCCUUAAUAUUCCUGACGAUUACGAUUGA